AUGAUUCUCUCUGUAGUUUCAUCUAUCGUCCCGCGUCUCGCGAAAGUUGAGUCUCAUCUCAACUUCAAUACGCAGAAUCCCAACACUAGUAUUGGAGCCGGCAAUGAUAUCACCUUUAAACACCCCGAUGACAUUGUUGUCACCUGUGCUCUGCGCUCAGCUCUGACUAAAGGUGGCAAGGGAGGUUUCAAGGAUACCCAGGCUGCCGAUCUGCUUGCUGGUGUCCUCAAAGCCGUGAUAGAAAAGAGUGGUAUUGAUCCCAAGGCUAUCGAGGAUAUUGCUGUUGGCUCCGUCCUUCCCCCGGUGGCGGUGCCACAGAGUUCCGUGCGGCUGCCCUUCUUGCUGGCCAUUAUCGACAUCGCAAAUGCCAUCAAGUCUGAUAUGAUUGACGUGGGUAUCGGUGCGGGUGUCGAGAGCAUGAGCUUGCAGUAUGGCCCCGGUGCAGUUACCGAAUUCUCCGAGCUUCUAGAGAGCCACCCUGCGUCUGCCAACUGUAAGGUGCCAAUGCUCAUCCUUUCCGAGGACAUGGCUAAAGACCGUAAUGUCUCACGUGCCACUCAGGAUGCGUUCGCAGCCUCUUCUUACCAGAAGGCCGAGAAGGCCCAGAAGGAAGGUCUCUUCAAGGAGGAGAUUACUCCCCUAAAAGUCAAUUGGGUCGACCCCAAGUCUGGUGAGACCAAGACUAUCAACGUCGAGGCCGACGACGGUAUUCGCCCCGGUAUGACCGAAGAGUCGCUGUCAAAGAUUCGCGCUGUUGUCAAGGGCGGUUCCAUCCAUGCAGGUAAUGCUUCCCAGAUUUCCGACGGUGCCGCCGCCGUCCUGCUCAUGAAACGCUCCACUGCACUGCGCCUGGGCCAGACAAUCAUCGGAAAGUACGUCUCUGCCAGCGUCAUUGGCGUUGAUCCCCUUCUCAUGGGACUCGGCCCGUGGAAGGCCAUUCCCAUUGCUCUUGAAAAAGCUGGCAUCACCAAGGAUCAGGUUGAUAUUUACGAGAUCAACGAGGCUUUUGCUUCGCAGUGCGUAUACUGUGUGGACCAGCUGGGCUUGCCAAUAGAGAAGGUCAACCCUAAGGGUGGUGCCAUUGCCUUUGGCCAUCCUCUCGGAUGCACCGGUGCUCGUCAGGUCAGCACCUUGUUGACUGAACUCAAGCGUACUAACAAGAAGGUUGGCGUUACCAGCAUGUGCGUUGGCACUGGAAUGGGCGUUGCAGCUGUCUGGGUUGCUGAGUAA